AAUGGAUCUCCUUGUUUUGUUGCAUGCGAUAUUGUAGUCUCAUCAUGAGAACUGCUGGAAUCGAAAGGACUGAGGCUACUGCACGACCGAGAAAAUAUACAUACGGUUGUUGCUCCGCAACUUACGACGAAUAUAAGGAUACGGUGUGUCACCUCUUAUGGCGCCACGGCACUGAGAGCGUCAGCUGUAAUAAGUGCAACGUAAGAAGGUGGCAGUUCGCACUCCACAUCUGCUACGUGCUAUCCUACGAAGAUAUCAUGUUCGAGGAGUGGGCUGCGGAGUCGUCCAGGAGUAUCAGGGAAAGCAUCUACUGUUACUGUGGAAAGAACGUUCCAGACGCACCGAUGAUUGGCUGCGACGGAGACGAGUGUGAAUACGAGUGGUACCACUACGAGUGUGUCGGCAUCACGGAGGCCCCGGACGGGAGCUGGUUGUGUCCGACGUGCGCCAAAUGACGUUGGCUUAAGUCUUUAAGCUCUCAACUGCGCAUUCUAAUAGUCUGUUAAUUAUCUUCCAGUUAUACUUCUUAGUUUGUAACGUUUUCGAUCUUUGAGCUUAACAUAUAUAGUUUUUUAUAUUCUGUAAAAAAUAAUACUUUAUAAGCCAACAUAAAAUAUACUAUUUAUUAUUUACAUUUAAAACAUUAUAGUUAUUAUAAUUUUUAUACUGCAAAAAUAUU